AUGACAUGUAUUAUUCUUGUUAUUGUUUACAUAGUUUUUUUUAGUUUUUUUCCAUAUGUAUUUAUAUUGACUGACUUGUUUCAUUUCUUUAAAUCCAGAAACAGCACCUGGGAAGCCAUUCACAGUUUUGGCACAAGUAUUGUAUAUGUAUGGAGUCUUCUACCAAAGGAGGGUUUCCAUGAUGAAGAUGACAUCUAUGUUACCAGUUCUCCACGGUUUUCUGAAUAUUUAUCUCUUUCUGGAACCUACAUCUUGUCACUCUUUGCUGAAAAUGGCAUCAGCCAACAGACAGCCUCCCUGACCAUUGUCAUUGUAUGUCCAGUUGUGGACAUUGUACUUGACACAACCUAUGGGGUUGACAACCAUCCUGUAGAAAUCUCGGUGCAGGUACAUGGAGGAGAUGACAUUGGACUAAAUGUGACAUUUGGAGAUGGAAGCAGCCAACACUUGACUUCUGACCAGCUCCAACAACUUCCUGACUAUUUUCUUCACCCUUUUCACACUGACCAAGGCCUGCCCUUGCAUCACAUCAUCUUGAAGCACCUUUACUCUACUCCAGGUUCUUAUCCUCUACAAAUCACUGUGUCCAACAGUAUGUCCUUGAUAAUGCGUAAUUCUACUAUUGUGGUAGAGGAGGCCAUCACAGGACUCACUCUUGUGAGCAAUUCUUCCAGGAUCAUGUCGAUUGAUGAUACAGUCACCAUUAGUUCCAGUGUGAAGACUGGACGGAAUAUUUCAUUUGAAUGGAAGUGUUACCCAUCACAUGCUUUCAUGGAUGUGGUCAGCUUUGAGAGGAGCAGCAAAUUGACUGUCACAUUCAAUGUUAUGGGAAUAGAAUAUGAAAUUUGGGUUUUGGUUUCUAAUCCAUGGAUGAAAGAACCACUGAAGAAAUUGAUGCACUUUGCACCUGUGAAACGUAUUGAAAGUGUGUUUUUGAAGCCAAUGAACAACGUAUAUUGUGCUGCUUCUCUCAACAUGCCAGACGCUAGUGAAAACCAUGUCUUGUUUCAGGCAACAUCCUCUGGUACUAAUGUCACAUAUGAAUUUGACUAUGGUGAUGGCAGCCCUGUAGACCACGUAAAUGGAAAGUCUUCUGAAAUUGGUCCUUAUGAUGAAGCCACCUCAAGGCAUAUCUUCAGACAGGAGGGUGUCUACACAAUAAAAGUAACAGCCACAAAUUACCUUGGCAACAUGACCACCACAAUGGCAAAGCCAUUCUGUGUACAGUGUCCCCCAAGAAACCUGCAUAUUGAAAGUAAAGAUCAUUACAAAUUUGGGGAUAAUAUAACAUUCAAGGCAAUCCUAAACUCUGGGACAAAUGUUUCUUUUGAUUGGAAUUUUGGUGACCAAAAUCAACUAAUUAAUGCAGGUACAAGUGUUACCCAUCGUUAUCUCACAACUGGGCGUAAGAAAGUCACCUUGACUGCCAGAAACAAAGUUGGUGUUAUCAAACGUUUUACUGAUGUCUUUGGAUUCCAUGAAAUUACAGGUGUAACAUUGAAGGAUUCUGGUAAUUUGCAUAAAAUUGCCGUCCGAGAAUCUGUAAGGUUCAUUGCUCAGAUUUUGCCUGAUAUUCCUCACACGUUCAAGUACCUCUGCUGGGAUUUCGGUUUUGAUGAUUCAGAGAAGAUGCAUACAGAUUUCUACAUUGACACUGUUUACAAGUCUGUUGGCAAGUACCUGAUCACUGUGGAAGCCGUAAACCCAUUCAGUAAAGCCACUUCAGCACCUCUUGAAGUACAUGUCUUCUCCAAGAUACGCUCCCUUCAGAUUUUGAUUCGUUCCUCAAGAUUACUGAAUCAACCAAUCAUAUUUGAAGCCUAUACCUAUUCAGGUUCUGAUCUUGUGUAUGAGUGGGAUUUCGGUGACGGCUCUCCUAUACAGACAGAUUGCAUCGUCUAUCACACCUACAACAAAUCUGAUGAGUACCUUGUUAAAUUAACCGUCUCUAAUGAAAUUAGCAACAGCUCAAUUACAAAACGUUUGUUCAUUUUGAACGACACCUGCUUGGCACCAGAGGUCAACAUCCUUGGCUCCAAGAACCAAAUUAUCCAACGUUCAAAAGAUGUGCAUAUUGAACCAGUUGUUUCCGUGAAUUGUACAAAAAGAUAUGUUAAUUACACUUGGAAAAUUUUUAACACCACAACAGGAAAUCUGAUCAAGUUAGAGAAGAUAGAUAACAGCGUAUUCCAUGAAAGAAUCCUCUUUUUACCGAGACGUACUCUUCACUAUGGUAACUACAGCAUCCAAUUAGAGGUGCGAAUGAAUGGUACAAUUGUAUAUUCCAAAGUUGAGAUUCAUCUUCAAGUGAUACCAUCCACUCUUCAUGGAGUCAUAGAUGGUGGAGUGAUGCGCUUUAUCUCACGUUUCUCUGAUGAAAUCAGACUGGACGGAUCCAAGUCCGAGGAUCCAGAUUGCUUAACCAAAGACCAUUUGAGGUAUCAGUGGAGCUGCAAUCAACUUAACAACAAGAACACUACCUGUUUCCACACUGGUUACAAAAUUCCACUGAACAAAUCUAUUCUGACAUUUCCUGGCAGUGAACUAACCACUGAUAUCAAUGACUUUGAGUUCACCCUCAACAUCUCCGUACCUGGAUUGCACAGCAUCAAGACCAGCCAAGUACUGCGUGCUAUCAAAGAACACAAUAUUCUACCAAUAAAACUGAUGUGUAUUACCUGCAUGAACAAUGUCAUGAAUGCUAAUGAGAAACUGAUUCUGGAGACAAUCUGUGAUGGUUGUGCCAGUGAUCCUUCUUUGUUUAUCUACGAGUGGAAGGUCGAGAUCAUCAACAAUGGAAAUUAUAACAGAUACGUCCAUGCCCAUGAUUAUGGUAAAUGUGUAGAAGCUAAUGGCUCAUCAUACAAAUUGCUGGUUCUCCCUAAUACCACUUUGGUUACUACCACCAUGUCUACAACAACAACAACCACCACUGCACCACCAACAACAACCACCACUAUGAGCCGGAUUGACACAAUGCCACAUCAGAAGAACUUGCCACAAAGACGAGGCCCACAGAGAGGGCGUGUAUCUUAUAAUAGAGAUGUAAGCAGUAUCCAGAGACUGCAAGAAGGUGUUCAUGAAAUGAAAGGCGGCCAUGGUCGACAAAUACCAGAUUUUGGGAAAACUAUUCCAGUUGAGAAAGGUAAAAAGAACCAUGACACAAUAAUUACUGCAACUGUAAAGACAUUUGAAGAACAUAUUGUUAGCAAGAGCCGGCGUAAAAUCACACUAGAUCCUAAUGAUACACUGAGUGCAAUGAAUGGACCAUCCCUUGUUGUGAAACCAGGUGUUCUUUCACAGGGACGAGAUUAUCUCAUCACUGUGAAUGUCACGAAGAAAGGUAAUGGAACCGCACCAGUAUUCUAUGGGAUUGCAAUGUCUCACUUCCUUAUCAAUGAGAGUCCCAGCCUUGGUAGUUGCAACAUUCGACCAGCUGCAGGAAUUGAAAUGCAUACAAAUUUCAGUGUCUUUUGUUAUGAAUGGAAAGAUGAACACCAACCAUUAGUCUAUGAAGUCAGCUACAAUCUGAAGAAGAAUCAAAGGAAGAACUUAAUCUAUCGAGGGCUGAACACAUUGAAUGCCACUCUGAAAUUUAUGCUUCCAGCUGGAAAUGCUGAAAAUGGAGACAAAGUGUUCGUCUACAUUGCUGUGAUGGAUAGCUUAGGUGCACGUACAUCUGUGUGUUAUAUUCCGGUAACAGUUCAACCAAUCGACCAGACACUGAGCAGCAUCAAUGUCAGUGUUGAGAAAGCAAAUAAAAUGCUAAAUGACACUCUGCAUGGCUACCUUGAUGAAAAAGACGGCCGUAAUGCACGCAUAUUAGUCAAUUUAAUGGCUAUUCGGUUGAAUCGUUUGGAACCAAUGGAUGAAGCUGCCAAAAACAAGCGCUGGAAGAGGAGACAUGCCUUACUUUGUGUUUUGGACCGGUUGCCUGUUCGAGAUGAGCUUGAAACUUUGCAAACAGUUCAGGCUGUUGAGGCUGUAACACUCAAAUCGGAUGAGUCUUGCUGUUGCUAUUAUCUUUAUUUGUUGUUUCUCUAUCCCCCUCCUUCUGCCAUGUUGCCAUUUCUCUCUCUAUCCCCCUCCAUGUGCCUCGCUGUCGUUUCUCUCACUCUCCCUCUCUUUGCGUUGCUGUCGUUUCUCUCUCUAUCCCCACUCUCUGCCUUGCUGCCAUUUCUCCCCCUCCGCGCGCCUCGCCGUUGUUUCUCCCCCUCAGCGUUCCCCCCCCAUCGUCCCCCCUCUCUGCGUGCCUCCCCCCCCGGUCGUUUCUCCCCCUCCAUUGUUUCUCUCUCUCUCCCCCCUUCUCUACCGUACCGUUGUUUCUCUCUCUCUCCCCCCUUCUCUAUUACACUGUUGUUUUCUCCCUCUGUCUUUUCCCCUCUCUCUACCUCUCUGUUUUUACUUUCUCCUCCACUUUCAGCGUUGCUACUCUCUUUCCUUUCUUUGUAG